AUGGCUCUCAGUCGCAUGAAAUCGAAUGGACCGGGGCACAUCGCGCUGCAUGGUGAGAGGUCAGAGACGGCGACAUCCGGCAAUGUCGGCAACGAUGGACGAGUCAAGGUCCGGUUCCACGCCAAUCCCCAGAAACUCGCGAGGUGGUAUCAGGACUUUCAGGGUGCAUUCAAAGCUGGGCCGAAUGGGGAUGAGAAUGAAGAAUUGGAGGAGGCUCUGGCGCGACGCCGCACCAGUGUAAUCUUGGAAAACCUGAGAAGGGAGCCCCCGCAGAGGAGUCCACGGCUGAACAUCGCCAUUCAUAUCGUUGGAUCAAGAGGAGAUAUCCAGCCGUUCAUCCCAAUCGCGCAACUACUCAUGAAACCCCCCUUUGGGCACCGCGUUCGAAUAUGCACUCACCCCGUCUUCAAGGAUUUUGUCGAGUCGAAUGGGGUCGAAUUUUUCAGCAUUGGUGGAGACCCGGAGGCUCUCAUGGCCUACAUGGUGAAGAAUCCAGGUUUGCUUCCUAGCCGUGAGAGUGUCAAGGCAGGCGAUAUUGGGCAAAGGAGGAAAGAGAUGGCAGAGAUUAUCGACGGGUGCUGGAGGAGUUGCAUUGAGGCUGGUGACGGAAUGGGGGAGCGUGUCACAGCCGCGACCGUGAAAGACGCCGACGACCUCUUUGUUGCUGACACGAUCAUCGCCAAUCCACCAUCAAUGGCGCAUAUUCACUGUGCUGAGAAGCUAGGCAUCCCAUUACACAUGGUUUUCACUAUGCCCUGGUGCCCGACGCAAGCGUUCCACCACCCUCUUGCGUCGAUGAGUUACGGCGAGGCGGACACCAGCGUUGCCAACUAUCUGUCCUUCAUCAUGAUGGAGCUUCUCACAUGGCAAGGAUUGGGAGACCUGAUCAACAAGUUCCGCACUCAAACGCUUAGCCUCGACCCUAUCUCACCUCUAUGGGGUUGUCAACUCCUGCCCAGACUCCGCGUUCCCUUUACGUUCCUCUGGUCCGAAUCGCUCAUCCCCAAGCCUGCCGACUGGGACGACCACAUCAACAUCACGGGCUUCUCAUUCUUAUCUCUGGCCGACAAGUACACACCUCCACCGGACCUCACGAAAUUCCUCGAGGCUGGGCCGCCACCUAUUUACAUCGGCUUCGGCUCUAUUGUCGUUGAUGACCCAAAGGCGCUCACCCAACUCAUCUUCGACGCCGUCAAGAUCGCAGGAGUACGUGCUAUCGUGUCAAAAGGAUGGGGUGGUGUCGGCGGCGGCGACAACGUCCCGGACAACAUCUAUCUAAUCGGCAACUGCCCCCAUGACUGGCUCUUCAAGCGCGUCUCGGCUGUUGUGCAUCACGGAGGUGCCGGAACAUCUGCAGCAGGCAUCGCAGCAGGUCGUCCCACAGUGGUCGUCCCCUUUUUCGGAGACCAGCCCUUCUGGGGCCAGAUGAUCGCGAGAGCUGGAGCAGGACCCAUGCCGGUGCCCUUCAAGGAGAUGACAGCCGAAACACUGGCGGCCAGCAUCUCAUUUGCUCUGAAGCCAGAGGUGCAGGUUGCGGUGCAGCAGAUGGCGGAGCGAAUUGGAGCGGAAGACGGCGCUGGCGAUACGGCGAAGGACAUCCAGGAGCGAUUGGUGCUGGACGGAAUGCGGUGCGACGUCUGCCCUGAGAGACUUGCGACUUGGAGGCAUAAGAAGUCUGGUGCGCACCUGAGCAGUUUCGCAGUCGGGUGUCUUGUCGAUAAGGGCAUGAUGAAACCGCACGACGUCAAACUUCUCAGGCACAAGCAUUGGUAUGUUGACGAGGGUGCGGAACAUCCCCUCAUCGGUCUGGUAGCCGCAGUCUCUGGCUUCUUCACUGCCAUUGGAAUCGCGACAUCCGACUACUCUCAACGUCUACACGCUCACCCUGAAAGGGAAGCCACUCAAGACAUAGAGCCUACACCAGAUCUGCAAGGGCAAGCGCAGCAGGAACGAGAGAAGUCCGUUGGCGAAGGUACCGACACCACGAGCGAUCAACAGACCGAUAAUACCGUCACCCAAACACAGGACGGUAACCUCAAGUGUGUCGUCCGCGAGAACACAUUAUCGCCCUCCCAGAUGAACACAAUCGCCCUCAAGAUGGCGAGCAAAUCUCUCCAAAACGCCGAUCCCCACGCCGAGAUAGCGAUGCUGGAAAAGACGCCAGAAGGCAGGCGGAAGUCGUCGGUCGUCAAGUACCAGAAACGCCAACGCGGUAGAGUGAAGGAGGUCGCCCGCGCAACAGGCCGUUACGGUCUCGAGGUCGCCAAGGCCGGGCUCAAAGCUCCUGGCGCGGUAUUCUACAACGUCGCAAACGGUUUCCACAACUAUCCGUCGUACGGUGCGUUCAGCCACGACGUGCGGAGGCGAGACGAGAUCACCGGCUUGGGUAGCGGUCUGCGAACUGCCGGAAAGGAGGCUGCGCUGGGGACGUGGGACGCGUUCCGGGGGAUUGUCGUUAGACCAUACAAGGGUGCCAAAGAGGGAGGCAUCAAGGGCUUUGGCAAAGGUCUGUGGCAGGGUAAUCGAGGGUUCACUUGUAACAUUUUUGCUGAGUUACUGCUUGCUUUGCUCGGCAAGAACCAAUUUGGCCGGGGUGCGGACCGAAAGUCCAUCAAGUUGACUCAAUUGAGACAGAAGUUGAGUCACUAG